CCAGUCAUACCGGUAAACAUGCAUGUUUAUUACGAGCGCUACGUAAUUACAAAGAAUUUAUGAUAAUAUUGAGCCAUACGCAAUAUAUAUAUUAUACAAAAGAAUAUUGUUAAUGUUAAUAUGCCUGGAUACUCUGUUCCAAAUUGCAACAAAAGAGGUGGUCACGAAUUUCCAAGGGAUACUCGCUUAAAAAGAAAAUGGAUUUUAGCUAUAAAACGAAGUUCAAACAGUCCAAGUGGGAAGCUAUGGAAUCCAAAAGAACGUUCUGUUGUAUGCUGCAGCCAUUUUCUUCCUUCUGAUUACAAACCAAAGGUAUGUCCAGCCAUGAAGAGAGCUAUUUUAAAAGAUACUGCUGUUCCAUCUGUUUUUUCUUUUAAUAAAGAAGUAAAGAAAAGAACCACAAAAACAUCAAGGAAAGCAACAUGUUUUAAAGAUGAUGAAGUAAUUAACUUUGAUAGUUUUAUCAGGCUACAGGAGACCAUUGUAGAAAAUGAAUGUGCUGUCCAAGAAGAAAUUGAACCGCCUGUUGUAAAAUCUUAUGUUGAUGCACAAGUUCAAUGCUCUCUUCCUACUAAAGAUAAAAGAAAUACCAAUAUUAGUACAAGAUACAUGAGUAUGGAGAUGUUACAGCAUGACAGCAAUGCUGUCCAGGAUUUGAUGAUUUUGAACAUUUUUCUUUCUUCUUUCAAUGCCUUGGUCCAGCAGCCAAUAAUCUAAAGUACCAGUCAUCCUUAAUGUCACCUCAAGAGCAAUUGUUUGUAACAUUAAUGAAGCUACGUCAGGCACAAGACAACAAAGCAAUUGCUAUACUAUACAACAUUAGUGAAAAUACAGUUUCAAAGAUAUUUCGUACAUGGUAAACUUCAUGUAUUUUCAACUCAAGGAAAUCGAUACAUGACCAUCUAAUGAUAAUGUGAAGAAGUACUUACCCAGAAGCAAUGUUAAAGCCAAAUUUCCUACAACUAGAGUUAUUCUGGAUGCUACAGAAAUCCCAAUAGAGAAGCCAACUAACAUUAAUGUGCAAAGUUAUACAUUUUCGUCGUAUAAAAACAGAAACACCUUGAAGAUAAUGAUUGGCAUAACCCCUAAUGGCUUAGUAUCUCACAUAUCCCCUGCUUAUGGAGGAUCUGUCAGUGAUCGCCAAAUUAUUGAAUGUUCUGAUUUGUAUGUGAAUGCCAAGCAGUAUUUUGAACCAGGGAACAGCAUCAUGGCAGACCGAGGGAUAAUAGUACAAGAUCUAUUUGCGGCACAUGAUGUUUUUGUGAAUACACCAGCAAUGUUGAAAGGAAAACAUCAGUUAGAUUAUAAAGAUGCUGUAAAAGACAGAAGAAUUGCCUCUGAGCGUAUUCAUGUAGAGCGUGUGAUUGUGUCUGGCUUAAGUAAAACGUAUAAAAUUUUGACACAACCUCUUUCGCAUCCAAUUGCUUCCAUUGGGAUCUCGUAUUGUUAUUAUUUGUUUUUCAAUUUCCAACUUUCGAAGAAAUAUUAUUAACUAAAAUAUGUACAAUAUUA